AGCGCUUAUCAUCAACAUCUACAACGUCCAUCACGCAUUUAUCGACGCCGCUGUAUUCAUCAUCGUAGAAGAGCAGUAUGGCUCUCGAUAAAUCAACCUACGACUACGCCAUCGGUGUAUUCUUUCUCCUCAGCGUCGUCUCCCUAUGGACAAUAUCCAGUUUCCUAGUCCAGAACCUCUUCGUAUUCGGGUUCAACAAACCUUUCCUCGUCACAUACCUCAAAACGUCCACCGUGACGCUCUAUCUCCUCCCUUUCCUCUUCCAGCGCUACUGCCGCCCACCGCAAGGCUACACCCGCGCUCCCAGCUCACCGUCGCGCGACAGCAUCCCCCUGCCCGGCGCAGAAUCCCGCAAGAUGUCCAUCCGAGCAACAGCAGAGCUCGCAGCUGUCUUCUGUAUCCUCUGGUUCUUCGCUAAUUGGACCACGAACGCCAGUCUGGAGUUUACGAGCGUGGCGAGCAGCACGAUACUCGCUAGUACGAGCGGGUUCUUUACGCUUGCUGUUGGGCGACUGUUUGGCGUUGAGAAGCUUACGUGGGGGAAGAUCGCUGCUGUUGUCAUCAGCUUCUCCGGUGUCCUCCUCGUCUCCCUCGGCGACCACGCCUCGGUCACAAGUUUCCCCCACGCAAGCUGGGGCAACUUCCUCUCCCUCCUCAGCGCCAUACUCUACGCCUUCUACGCAACGAUACUCAAAGUUCGUACCGGCCCUGACGCGCAACUCGACACGCAGAUGUUCUUCGGCUUUGUGGGACUGUUUAUCACCCUCGGGUUGUGGCCUGUUGGGCUCGUGUUGCAUAUCUUUGGGAUAGAGAGCUUCGAUCUGCCGAAAGAGAACGCGGCAUGGGCAGCGCUCCUCAUCUCCAUGUUCAUCACCUGGUCCUCGAACUACCUCUACGUCCUCGCCGUCCUCCGCACCACCGCGCUCGUCGUGACCAUCGGUUUGUCACUAACGAUUCCCUUUGCGAUGGUUGGUGAUUUCUGGCUCGGUCGGGUGCCCGGGUGGAGGACGGUAGCAGGGGCCAUCUUGGUGCUCGUCGCGUUUGCCACUAUUGGCAGGGAGGGGGCGGUGGAGCAUGAGAUGGAGAGAGAGGAGGUGGCCAUGCAGCCUGUGAAGAUGGAUUUGGAGGAUUAGCGUCGUGAGGUGCUGUAGGAGCAGGACUGAAUAUCUAUAUCUUGG